AUGGCUACUAAGGAGUUAUCGAUGAAGCUCCUGAUUGAUACCAAGGCUCAGAAAGUCUGCUUUGCCGAGGCUGACAAUGAAGUCGUCGAGUUCCUGUCCAGCCUCCUAUGCCUCCCGAUGAGCACCGUCAUCAAUCUGCUCACCAAAGAGCGUAUGGUCGGCAGCAUUGGGAAUGUCCUUGAUAGCCUGGAGACGCUUGACGCCGCGUAUGUAUUCUCAAGCAAGGGCAGGGAGCCCUACAUGAAGCCAACAGUUGCCCCCGGUAUGCUCUCUCCUUUGCAACAGCUGCUGGGGGGUGCACAGUUAAAUGCCAGUGGCAGGUUCUUCACCUGUCAGGGGAAAAGAUGCUGCUACACAAGCCAUAGUUGUGGGUAUGUUUCAGUUGUUAGAGGCAGAAAAUGCCCAGGUUGCUCCACCGGAAUGAACAAUGAUAUGCCGCAUGUCAAAGCUGAGGGGUUUGUGGUCGGGACAGCCACGUAUACAGUCAAGGAUGACCUCUCGAUGAUACCGGCGUCCAGUGUGGCAAGCGUUGCCUUGCUCACGCAGUGCGGUGUCAAGGACCUGAGCAUGCUACAAGAAAAAUUGGUGACGAUUGGCAAGGAAGAGGCGCUGGACAUACUCCUUGCUUCGCUCAAGUCCAAGACCGUCCUGACUGAUGUCUUCCUUCAGACAAGAAAAGCUCGUUGCAAGAAGGAAACUGUUGCCUAG